AAAUCUUCCAAAAGCAAUUAAGGAAUUAUUGUUGGAAAGGUUAAAGGAAAACCCUAUAUCAGCUUUCUCAAAGAAUUCUUAGCUCAUUAAAUGUAACAGAAAAACUAUAUAUACAGUAUUAAUUUCAACCUUAUUACCAUCUAAAUAAGCCUAAAAGAGAAUUUAAAAGAAAAAAAGAAAAAAAAAAGGUUGCAGCCUCUCAUGGAAUUCACUUAUGAAGAUUUUGAGCCUUUCUGCAAAUGGAAAAGAGAGCCAAAUAGUGACACCCUUGAGAUACAUCUUCCAGGAUUCAAAAGGCAGCAAUUGCGAGUUCAACUGAGCAGUUCUGGGAACCUAGUGAUCAGUGGAGAACGUGAAUCGGACUCUGACGGAAAAAAAAGAAACCGAUUCCGGAGAGAAUUUAAUGUUUCAAACGAAAUAGAAGCAAACCAAAUACAAGCAAAGUUCUUCAAUGGCAUUCUUUACGUGAUAAUGCCAAAGCGAAGCACAGCGGCAGCUGCAGGUGUGGAUGUUAAAGCUUCAACAAUGAAUUGGAAUAAAAGGUUGGCCAUGGAAAUCAUUGCAGCAGUUUCGUCGGCAGUUGCUGUCGGAGUUUAUGUAACCAAAUAUUGCCAAUGUUCUCAUCUUGGGAGCUAAGUAAUUUAAUUUACUGUGUAAUUUCUACAAGUAAAGAUUGUUAAGCAAUAUUUUCCCAUGCAAUCCAGGACGUAGUAUAUUUAUGUAA